CGGGGUCAAGUGACAGGCACGGUUACUUAUUAGAUCAUACAAGGUAGUGUACGCCAAACUACGCUCUACUGCUCACGUACAGUCUAUAAACUACAAUUCUAACAAUUCACAGUCUUUAUUCUUAGGCGACAGUUCGUGAGCAAAGCUGCUAAAUAGACCUCUCAGACCAUAAUUUUGGAGCUAGCGUCUUCAAGUCAAGGUGACCCCAAUUUCUUCCGGAAUCUUCGCGAGACAACUGAACGGAAAUUGAAGAAGUCGCAUGAUGGCGCUAGAGCUGACCUACAUCCUCACCACCACCUACUCGUUCAUACUGUCGCUGAUCAUCUUCCUGGUGGUCGCGCCUGCGCUCUUACCGCGGCUCUUCAAACCGUACCAGUUUCUACCAAGGGUCAAGCAGUUCAUUGUCAAGGACGCUUUUCUGUCCUUCUGCCUGGCGACUACAGUCGGACUCAGGGCGUGGUACAUCUACAUCUUCGCUGCCGACCAAAUACCUCAUGACGUCAUCUGGCACGACUCACCUCUAGUUCGGCACACGCUCGCUAUCUACACUGGUUACGUCACCGCAGCAUUGGUGCUUAUGUUGACGCACAACAUCGGCCAGAUGUCCUCUAAAUUGCACCAUUUCUUCUCAACCUACACCGGGUUUGUGGCAAUGACGUAUCCGUGCCUGAUGUACUGUGCAAACAACGUGUUGAUGAUGGAACUGUCUAACCCUUUCGUUAACAUGAGGAUGAUGUUGAAAGUCGUUGGCUACGAGAAGACCACGGCUUACGUCUGGAACGGUCUCGCCAUGUUGGUUACGUUCUUUAUCGCGAGAUGUGUCUCCACGACCAUUGGUACUCUGCGCUUCUUGCACCUCGCAUUGGCCCACCCCCAGUUUUGGGACCUCCCUCUCUGCAUACACGUGUGUUACUUUGGCGGAGUCGGUAUAUUUAAUGUAUUGAACUAUUACUGGUUCUACAAAAUUUGCCGUGGGGUUUUGAAAUACACCGCUGAGUUGAAGACUACCAAAGAAAACUAGCCGAAUCGUUCUGACAAUCGUUGCUAUGACAUUGAUAUUCCUAGCUAAGUCAUACAGGUAUCAUGUUCGCUAGCUACAUCUUGCGAUAUUUGUGGCAACUGCAGCAGUACCCAAAGACUUUAUAGAUACAUGUACAAAGUUUUGCAAUCCAGAUAUGGAAACAACAGAAAUGCCUCUAUUUUUUACAGAGCUCUAUAUUGCGUUGACUAGCUGCAUCAUGCUAGCUACAUCAUGUUCACUAGCUACGUCUUGCGAUAUUUGUGGCAACUGCAGCAGUACCUAAAGAUAAUAGAUGCAACGUUUUGCAAUCCUGAUACACAUGUAUAUGGAAACAACAAAAAUGCCUCCUUUUUAUAUUAUAUACAGAGCUCUAUAUACGGCGUUGAGAAACAAUCCGUCGCUUUUGUGUUUUUGUAAUAUAAUUUUAGGUAAUAUUACAAUAUUGUAAUAUUAUAUCUGGAGCUUUUAGACGUGUGCGGUAGUAUUUUAAAGUAUUAUACACUGUUUUUUAUCCAUGGUGCCUUGUGAAUGUAUAUUGCGCUCCCAACUGCCAUUAAAGUAAUGGUUGCUUGUUGA